CCGUCAGGGGGUCUGAUGAGAUCAAAAGGGCGGGACGGGAUCCUCCCCCAGUCCAAAGGUCCCACUCCAGCCAUCUCUCCUUCCACACAGAACCAGCUGAACCCUGAAACGAACAACAUGUCCUCCUGCCUGAGCCUCGUCAUCAGCCUCACGCUGCUCGCCGUUGGAUUCAACCUCCUGAGUUCAGCAGUCCCUCUGCCCUCUGAAGACUCAAUGAUGGACAACAUCACCGACCACCAGAACGGAUCCACAUUCCUGUACUUCGCUUACGGCAGUAACCUGCUGAAGGAGAGACUGCAGCUGAAGAACCCGUCAGCAACUGUGUACUGUGUGGCCAAACUCAAGGACUAUAAACUGGUCUUCGGGAAUCAUAAAGGACUAGCGAGUCAGCGGUGGCACGGCGGUGUUGCGACCAUCGAGCACAGCCUGGGUGACGAGGUGUGGGGCGUCGUGUGGAGGAUGAACAUGUCGGACCUCGACUCCCUGGACAGUCAGGAGAAUGUGAAAAUGGGCACCUACAGCCCAGUGGAAGUGAACGUCUCCACCAGCGUCCAGGACUUCAGCUGUCGGACGUACAUCAUGAACAGCUGCAUUUAUGCGCCACCUUCACCGCAGUAUCUACAGGUUAUUGUGAUGGGCGCGAAGCAGAACGGUCUGCCGGAGGACUAUCAGGAGAAACUCAGGUCUAUCGAAACCAACAAAUACGAGGGACCUCUGUCUGUGAUGGAAGAACUGAUGAAAGCUUUUAAAAAAAACAGAGAACGGACAGAAGAGAUUCAGUCUGAUGAUUAGCGUCGGAUUCUCCUCUUAAAUGGUGUUUGUGUGCACUCUUAUCUGUAGUCUACAGAAUGUACACCACAGCACAAUGCUAAUAGACGGGUUAGUUCAGUUGUUUUUUUAAGCAGAGGGGAAGAAUGUGCAGUAUUUGUAACGUACGGUAGCAAAACAGUUGCAUAAAGUAUUUUUUGCUGGCA